ACUCAUUUUCCAGGUGCCUGUCUAUCCUACCAACUAUGCUAAGGUUCUCCACGCUAAAAACUUAGCUACCGUUUAUGAAACAAGAUUUGUGAAGUUGUUUGUAUUUGCAAGUUCUUUAGAUUCUCAUAAAGCUUUCUUUCUCCAUAGAAAAACGAAGGCAAAGGGUAAACCUCUUAAAAACGGCGGCCAGUUUAGCGGCCGCUGCCACAAUCCACCUACUGCACCGACCCUGUCGAGCCUCCAUUAGCUCCAUUUCUACUACUGAAAGAAGUGGUAGUUUUCUUUUCUGCACGUCGACGAUCUACGAGAUCGAGAAUGAAAGAAGUUUUUCCUAGCAAAAGUAGGUCGAGCAAGGACCUGGUUGGUUCAUUUACCAGCCGUCGUGCGGCUAAGUGCAGGAGCCCCCAUGAUUUCUAGACAAGGAGAAUAUCUCUCCGUUCUUGUUUCCAGAAUGCAAGAUGGUCGUGGUCGCGACCAGUAGGGCGACAGGGAAGUUGGUAUCCAGGCUGCGUACAGUUUCGAAAUGUGAAGCCGCUACGCCGCCACCGAAGGGUGGCGGAAAGAGGCGGUCGUCACCAACUGUAUCUGAUGAACAGAUCGUGAAAUGGAACAUGGCUAUCAGCAGUCACAUGCGAAGCGGGAAUUGUGAUUCCGCGCGGAAACUGUUCGACGAAAUGCCUAGGAGAAGCACAGUGUCGUGGAACGCCAUGAUAUCGGGCUAUGCUUCGAAUGGCAUGAUAGAGUUGGCGAGGGAGAUGUUUGAGAGGGUUCCUAAGAGGGAUUUAGUCUCCUGGAACGUGAUGAUAGCUGGGCACGUUCGAAACCGGAAUCUAAGAGCUGCGCGUCGGUUGUUUGAUGAAAUGCCCGAAAGAGAUGUUGUGUCCUGGAAUACGCUUGUUUCUGGGUAUACCCAGAACGCGCUUAUGAAUGAAGCGCGAGAAUUAUUUGAGAUGAUGCCGAUUAGAAACUCAAUCUCGUGGAAUGCCAUGCUCACGGGAUAUGUUCAACAUGGCAAAAUCGAUCUGGCGAAAGAAUUUUUUGAGACGAAUUCAGACUGGGAUAUUGUUGCUUGGAAUGCGUUAAUGGGCGGAUAUGUUCAGAAGGGCAGACUAGAAGAGGCACGGGAAUUAUUCGACAGGAUGCCUGAGAGAGAUGCCGUCUCGUGGAAUACGAUGAUCAGUGGUUAUGCACAGAAUGGAAAACUUCCAGAAGCUGAAAAGCUCUUCACCAAUGCUCCAGUUCUGGACGUUGUUAGUUGGACAGCUAUGGUAUCUGCGUAUGUGCAGAAUGGCAGGCUUGUGGAUGCUCAAAAAGUUUUUGAUGAAAUGCCAGAAAGGAAUGAGGUUUCUUGGAAUGCAUUGAUUGCAGGGUAUGCCCAGAGCCGACAAAUGGACAAAGUACAAGAACUUUUCGAGAAAAUGCCUUGCCGUAAUAUUAGCUCUUGGAACACAAUGAUCACCGGUCAUGCCCAGAACGGUAAUGUAGAUCUUGCUCGACAGGUUUUCGAUAGGAUGCCUCAACGGGAUUCUAUAUCGUGGGCCGGAAUGAUAGCUGGGUAUGCACAAAAUGGACGUGGAGAAGAAGCUCUACAGCUGUUUAUUGAAAUGAGACGCAGCGGAGAGCAAAGCAACAGGUCGACUUUCACAUGUUCUCUUAGCACAUGUGCUGAUCUUGCAGCUGUCGAAUGUGGAAAGCAGUUGCACGGUCUCCUUGUGAAGGUUGGCUAUGAGAUGGGGUGCUUUGUGGGAAAUGCGCUUCUUGCCAUGUAUUGCAAAUGUGGGAGCAUAGAUGAAGCAUAUGGUGCAUUUGAAUGUAUGCAAGAAAGAGAUGCUGUUACUUGGAACACCAUGAUUGCCGGAUAUGCAAGACAUGGUUUUGGAUUAGAAGCACUCAAAGUCUUUGAGACUAUGAGGAUGACAAAUACUAAGCCAGACGAUGUCACCAUGAUUGGAGUUUUAUCAGCAUGUAGCCAUGCCGGCUUAGUGGACAUGGGAAUGGAUUACUUUCACACGAUGAAUGCUAAAUAUGAGAUAAAAACAACUCCUCAACACUAUACUUGCGUGAUUGACCUCCUUGGCCGGGCAGGUAGACUGGAAGAGGCCCAAGAGCUGAUGAAAAAUAUGCCUUUUGAGCCAGAUGCGACUAUGUGGGGUGCUUUGCUAGGGGCGAGUAGAAUUCAUGGGGACACUAAGUUAGGUGAGAUUGCUGCUGAGAAAAUUUUUCAGAUGGAACCAGACAAUGCGGGAAUGUAUGUGCUUCUUUCUAAUCUCUAUGCAAUAGAUGGCAGGUGGCGUGAUGUGGACAGAUUGAGGGACAUGAUGAGAGAGAGAGGAGUGAAGAAGGUGCCUGGUUAUAGUUGGAUUGAGAUAAAGGACGAAGUCCACACAUUCUCUGUCGGGGAUACUGCACACCCUGAAAAGGAGAAAAUCUAUGCUUUCUUAGAGGAACUAGAUCUGCAAAUGAAAAAGAAAGGGUAUGUCUCGUCCACGAAGAUGGUAUUGCAUGAUGUUGAAGAGGAAGAAAAGGAACAUAUGCUCAAGUACCAUAGUGAAAAACUUGCGGUUGCUUUUGGGAUUUUGAAUGUGCCUGCGGGAAGACCUGUUAGAGUGAUUAAGAACCUUAGGGUAUGCCAGGACUGCCACAAUGCGAUCAAGUACGUCUCUAAGAUUACAGGGAGGUUGAUUAUACUAAGGGACUCCAAUCGGUUUCAUCAUUUUGAUGGCGGAAAAUGUUCAUGUGGAGAUUAUUGGUAAGGCAUUUUUCUUCAGAGUCUAGCCAUUCAAUAGAUGUUGAAGGUGGAUAUCUUGCAAUUCGCUAAGGCUUGAGAUUGACCCCCAAUGCAAAUUUGCUGGGGUUGAUGGGUCCCCUCCCUUUUAUUCAAUACGGCUUGAGAUUGACCUAUUCAGAGGACUUAUCCUUUUAAGUACUUUAUUGAGCCAUGAAAAGGGUGCUGAAAUAAGGUGAUUUUCGAGCAAUGUUAGCUUUGAUGGAGGCUCAGGUGAUGCUGGUUGAUGUUGAAGCAUUAUCGUAACUUAAAGAAGAGAAAAAAUGUUUCAUUUGGGAAGAGAGGCUUGCCUCUCUAUGGUAGUCCUGGAUAUUCCUUGGCCUUCUUGGGAGGAUGAGAUUGAGGUACUUUUGGAUUUGUGCACUCCGUACUUCUUUUGGCCUUUAGGAUUAUUUCUCACAACUGACGGAGCAAAAGCCCAACAGGAUGUGCAAACUUUGGUCAGGCUUUCGCUGUAGAACACUAAUACAUUUUUAUAAUGAAAGCGUGACGACAAAUAUUGCAUUUUUAACUGCUGAAGAGAUUAUGUGCAAAGUGGCUUCAGCUAAGUCCAUGCAAUAACUUAAAAUUGCUUAUAGCACAGCCGACCAUGUUCAAAUUGAUUGCCUUAUGAAUGAAGGCCAUCCAAUGUAAUCAAACUUUUGCAAGAUUUCUGAAUCGGCUUCCUGUUUGUGUACUCGGAUCCUCGCAAAGGGAUGAGAAAAACAAGCAACAUACCGAUCCCAUUGGCUUCUUUAUCGAUCUGAUACUUCUUGUCAGCUAUUA